CAAGUACGAUAUGCAUUAAUCGCCAAUGAACUCGCCCCACAUUAGUUCUGCUCACUGAUUGGACAUUGUUUUGGUUAGCAACACCCCUACGGUCGACUACCCUCUCUUUCUAUUGGUGGAUUUCAUCUUCAAUCACCUCGUUUAUAGGAAGUAGUCGGUGUUUACAGUGUCCUCUGAAAUGUGAAGAAGCAUCUCUCAACAGUAAGGUGUGUGGUUCCCUUAUGAUUUAUUUGUAAAAAGCUUUACAUUUUGAUGGAGCCGUUAAUUCCAGCUCAGUCGUGAAGGGUUAUGUCAGUGCUAUUUAUCAGCAACAGAAAAACACUUAAGGUCGACAUAAGGUUAUGUGGAGUAAAGCAUUGGCUAUUGUAAGACGGUUUUCAGCUGUACAAGUGCCGUUCGCACGGAGUGAUGGGGAACGCCGAGAGCGUCGUGGCGCAGAAGCGACUGGCCCGGUUUCGCCCGGAUGAACGGCCCGUCAUUGAGAAAGUGUUUGACCGCCUGCAAGAGGCUGGCAGCGCUGGGAAGGUUCUAACGUUGGACGCGCUGAAGCGGAGCGUUAGGGACGCGGCUCCGACCGCCAUGACCGCGCGGCUCUUUCGGAGCAUGCGCAGCGUGGACACGGGCGUGCCAGCGGCGGACGGCGGCGGUGUCACCCGAGAGCAGAUGCUCGUGUUCCUCGCGGACGUACUGCGUGGCACGGCGGAAGAGCGCGCGCCGCUUGUCGUGGCAAUGGCCGGUGUGUCACAGGGGUGCGCGGUCACGGUCACCCAGAUCAGAGAGUUUUUGGAGGACCUGAUCUCAGCAGUGGUGCAGUGUUUGAUCCACAGAGGGCAGUUGCAGGGCUGGAAACCAGACCGCAUGGAGGACAGUGAUCGGGGAGUGAAACUACUGGCUGAACAGUUAUGUUCAGAGCUGAAAUGCACAGACCAGCAGGUCUGUGACAUCCCUUGCCUGGAGAAUUGGCUUUUUCGGACGUCUGUACCUCUGUACCUGGAGUUCCUCAGCAUGGAGGCCCUCGGCAUCUGCCUGCCGUCCCGGCCACCCCUUGUCCUCCUGCCACCAUGCCAGGACGUGCCGUGGCGUGAGCUGCGCUCCAUCCUGGACCUGCCGCUUCUGCUCUUCCUGGCGCCGCAGCUCCCCGACACCAAGGGCGCCCCCUGGAGGCUGCUGUUCUCCUCUCGGCUGCACGGCGAGAGCUUUACCCGCCUGCUGCGAGGCUGCACCGGCCAAGGGCCAAGUCUGCUGCUGAUCCGGGACACCGACGGGUACACCUUCGGGGGAUUCGCCUCUCAGAGCUGGGACACCAGGCCGCAGUUCCAGGGCUGUUCCCGCGAGCUGCUUGAUGUGAGUUUGUGUGUUGGUGACGGCAGGCUGUGUGCGCACACAGGCGAUUCCUGCUGCUUCCUCUUCUCUGUCUCCCCUUCCCUGCGUGUGUACACCUGCACCGGCUACAACCAGCACUAUAUGUACCUGAACCACAGUCAGCAGACCAUGCCCAACGGCCUGGGAAUGGGCGGUCAGCAUGACUAUUUUGGCUUGUGGCUGGACAGUGACUAUGGGAAAGGACACAGUCGGGCGCGGCCCCGCUGUACCACCUAUGGCAGCCCCCAGCUCUCUGGCCAGGAGAACUUCACCCUGGAUGCCCUGGAGGUCUGGGGUGUGGGAGAACCCCCGGAGAACCAGCAGACCCAGGUGAAGCGCAGCAUCCUGGAUGCUGAUCCAGAGGCCCAGGUCAUGAUGGAGAUGGCUGGGAAGACCCGGCACAGCCAAGGCCUGAGAGAGCCAGAGGAGGGCGAGGAGGACUGAGAGACAGUGAUGGAGAGCGAGGAAAGGAGGCUACAUGGCGCAGACUCGACUGAGAGAAACGGCUAACGUCACUCUAAUGUCACAGCUCGUGUGGCUCCAAUGAUCCAGCACUUUAAAAACAAUCAUUAGUUAAUAAUGAGAGUAAUGAUCAUUAUUUAAUUUGAAAAUGGCCUGAGCUGCUUCAGCGUGUUUUGAAUGGUGAGACUUGACUCAAAUGGCUGCGUGUCGGUGGUGACCCAUUUGGAGAGACGGGAGCCCUGUUUCUCCUGCGGUCUCCUCUUACGUGAGGGGGGGCUGUGACCCCUGGUUCCCCCAAGGAGGGAGGGAGAACUCAACACUAACUGCAGGCAGGCAUUCUGAGGUCACACUGCUUCGCUUUUGGGCACACGAUCUCAGGAGGUAUGACAUCACGAUAAGCUACAGACUAUCUUUAGCUGCUAUGCAGAGGAGGAGACUGGGUGAACAAGCGCAGACCUUUUUUGAAAUAUGUUCAGGGACCAUUUAAAAAGGGCUUUGGUAUCUGUAACACGUACUAUAACCAUUACAUUGGUGUUUGAAUGGAGACAAUGACAGAAAAAUACAUGCACCUGGGUGGGUGCCCCUUAAAACUAACAUCUUACUGGGUUCAGUACUCCCCCACCCCCUUUGACAUAUUUUAUCACCACCCCUCUCCCCUCCUCGGUCAUGCUUAGGCUACCCACCAAGGGACCCCCCCCCCCCCCCAAGACAUCUGACACAAUGUAAACGCUGCAAUAUAUGGUGUAAUUUAUGUCCUGCAUUGUGGUGAAGUUUGGAAAAAAAAAUUCUGUCUGUCUUGCUCUCCUAUUGAUCACUGUUCAAUUUUUACAUCAUUAACCUUUAUCCCUUUGUGGACAGUUCGCUGUUAUGGCUAAGCUCUGAGCAGCGACGGGAGCCCCACAACACCACAGCAUUGCGUGAGCUUACACAUUCACGUGCAGCCCGUCCACAAACACACGACACUGCAUGUCUCGCAGAACGAUUUACAUGUUGUUUAUGAUUCUGGAUUGAAACUUCUCUCUGGAAAUAGUACAUGGCUACUGGGAUGUUCUUAGAUUUACAGUGCUGUGCAGACGUCUUGGGCAGCAAAAGAAAAUGAUGUUUAAAUGAUCUUCACGUUGUUGGAAACGUAUGAUGCCUGUCAAAGUGUCAGCUUAGCCGUUUCAAAACUUCUGCUAAAAUCACCCUGGUAAUUGCCGUAACCGUCCAGUACACCCAUGUAUUUUUUGACUCGACCACUAGCACACCUUGUAUUGCUAAUCAAUGUCUCAUUUACUUUUUAAAACUAAUUUUGUCAAUUAAGUGAGAAGGUGGUGAAAUGUAAUAAAUACAUGGAAUGGCUGCAGAGCUCCCGAGGAGAGGUUUGGGAACGGAAGCGGUAUUUAACUAGACAUCCAACUAGAUAUUGGUACCUUUUCGGAGAACAGAGGAAGUACGUCUUAGUUUUUAUUGUGUUGCACUUAAUUUGCAUUUAUUCUAAUGUUAAAUUGUGAUCUGCGUUCUGAGCAGAUAUACCCUCUCUACACAAAUAGGUUUAAACAUUUAUUUUUACUGCCUAAGACUUGCACUGUAUGGAUAUCAUGUCUUUACCCUGGAUAGUUGUUCAUUUUCUUUAUAUCUAAUAAUUUAUGCUCCUGUUAAAUACCUUGUUCAAAGGUAGGCAAUUGUCUAGUGGUGAAAUUCCUGAAAUGAUUUUAUUAUUUAAUUUAUUUAACUUUUGGCUCUUAAUUUUUUUAAAAUUGUAUCAUAAUGGGAACAUGUGACAGAUGAUCUAAUUCAGGGAAAUGUGUUAAGCAUGGUUGCAUUUCAUUACACCCGAUGGUCUGUGUAUGGAGUUUAGUGUUACACAGGUUUCCUGCUGCAAUCUGAAAAUAAAGUUAGUUUGUUUGGUGUUU